UGUGGACCCAUACAUGAGGACACGUGUAUCCUCUGUCGGGGUUGUGAUCAUGGGCGAACAGGUAGCGAGGGUGACGGAGAGUAAAAACAAGGACUACCCCGUCGGAUGCCUGGUACAGGGUGUGUUGGGAUGGCGUUCGCCUACACUGGUCGACGCUGCAAAUAAGAAGGUCACCGAAGCCAUGUUUCUUAUCAAAGUGCCCGACCUUGGAAAACUAGAACCCUCCACCGCACUGGGAAUCUUGGGCAUGCCAGGAAUGACAGCUUAUUUUGGUUUCCUGGAGCUCUGUCAGCCAAAGGCUGGAGACACUGUAGUGGUCAACGGUGCAGCAGGGGCGGUGGGCAGUGCUGUCGGACAGAUCGCCAAGAUCAAGGGAUGCAAGGUGAUUGGCUUUGCUGGAUCAAAGGAGAAAUGUGAUUGGGUGAAGAGUCUUGGAUUUGAUCACGUGUUCAACUACAAGGAACAAGACAUCGACAAGUCCCUGAAAGAGGCUGCCCCCGACGGAGUGGACUGCUACUUUGAUAACGUUGGAGGAAAUUUCACGGCUAAAGUUCUUCAACACAUGAAAAUGUUUGGUCGUAUUUCUGUUUGCGGCGGUAUCUCAGUCUACAAUGACGCAAAGCCAGCUCUCACUCCAGAUCCGUUCAUGACGAUCCUACACAAACAACUUAGAGUUGAAGGCUUCAUGGUGUUGCGAUGGGCGGCAAGAUAUCCAGAAGGCAAAGCUCAAAUGAAGAAAUGGAUAGAAGAGGGAAAGAUCAAGUUCAGAGAGACGAUCAAAGAAGGCUUCAACAACAUGCCCAAGACCUUCAUGAUGCUCUUGGAAGGCGCCAACACUGGGAAGAUGCUGGUGAAGGUCUAG